AGAAUCACUACCACCGACAGCAUAGACCUCAUAUCUUUAGACCAUCAGCUGGCUUCUAAGCAGCCCUAAAGAUGUUCCUGAAUUUUGGCAUAUUAAUGCUCGCUCUAGUCAGUACUGCUCAAUGCGCCCGUAUUCUGUGCAUAUUUCCGUGGCCUGGAACAAGCCAUAUGAUCACCUUUUCUGCCCUGACGCGCGCCUUGGCGGAAAGAGGCCACGAGGUCGUGGUCGUCAGCACGCACCCCUUGAAGAAUCCGCCGAAGAAUUACUCUGACAUUAACACCUUCGACAAUUUAAAAGAUAUGUAUGACGAAAUGAUGAACAGCGACGAUAUAUUUGAGUUUGAAGAUGUCCCAAUAAUUUUUCAUCCUAUUUUUUACUGGAUGAUGGGAGUGCAGAGCGUGGAACUCACUUUCCAGAAUGAGGAUGUUCAAGCUCUUGUGCAAGACCAAAAGGGGUUUGACCUUGUCAUAGCCGAAGAUUUCGUUUGCGAUGCGAUUUUUGCGUUUGCUCACCAUUUUAAGGCGCCACUUAUUGUGAUUUCAUCAUUUGGCGGCUACCCGUGGCAAAAUUAUGCCGUCGGCAACCCUUACAACCCUGCCUACUGUACUAACAACUUGUUACCUUUCGCGGACAAGAAAAACUUUGUUGAAAGGCUAAUCAACACGGCAUACACCAUACUUUGGAAUUUUGGGAGUUAUUUUUAUUACUAUCCAAGGCAGAACCAACUAGUCGAGCAGCUCUUUGGGCCAGGGUUUCCAUCGGUGGCCGAGCUGCGGAGAACGGCCAGUCUUUCUAUGACGAACAGUCACUUUUCUACUAAUUACGUGCGCCCCUUGGUGCCCGCAUUCGUCGAGGUUGGAGGGAUGCACGUGAAAGCUCCCUCUAAGCCAUUGCCGCCGGACAUGAAGCAGUGGUUAGACGACGCAAAGGACGGUGCUAUUUACUUUUCGCUUGGUUCCAACGUGCGCUCUUCUCUUCUUCCGGAGGAAAAAAGAACGGCGCUGAUGCAGGCUUUUGCUCAAAUCCCUCAGCGCGUUCUUUGGAAGUGGGAAACUGAUGAUAUGCCAGGAAAGCCAGAAAACGUAAUGAUCAGCAAUUGGGUUCCUCAAAUGGAAGUUUUAGCUCAUCCAAACGUGAAAUUAUUUAUUUCACACGGCGGACUUUUAAGCGGCCAAGAAGCGAUGUUCAGUGGUGUUCCGAUCGUUGGAAUUCCAUUUUUUGGUGAUCAGAGAAUGAAUGUUGAAAGAGCAGAAAACGAGGGAUACGGAGUUUUUCUUCCUUAUAAGGAAAUCACCAUAGAUUCCGUCCUGGCAGCAAUUCGCAAAGGGCUUCACGACAAAAACAUCCAAAAGGAAGUUAAAAGGAGGCAGGCCGUAUUUCUCGAUCAGCCCCAAAGCCCGUUAGAAAGAGCGGUUUUCUGGACCGAGUAUGUUUUGAGGCACAGUGGAGCUGCACACUUGCGGUCGGCGGCCCUUGAUUUGUCGUGGUACCAACUAGAGCUGCUCGAUGUGUACGCCUUUAUGGCAGCAAUUGCACUUUUAUUCCUCUCGUUGUGUUAUCUUCUUCUGUUCAAGUUGUUUUGCAGGAAAAAUAAAACCAAAAUUGAUUGAUUUAA